CGGUUCAGGGAUUCAGAGCCAGGCCUGUGGCUUCCAGGCUGCAGGAGCGCCCGGGGGAAGUCCUGGGGAAGGAGGGUCGGGGGCUUAGACUCCGUCCCGGUCCCUUCCCCGCAGCCCACUGGGCGGCAGGGCGCUGCAGGAACAGGCGCUCCCGAAGCCAGCGUGUCCCACGUGACAGGACAUGGCCCCAGCGCUGUGGGUAGGGCUCUCUGGACAAACACCACGAUGCUGCUCAUGAAAUCAUCGAGACCAUCCGGUGGGUCUGUGAAGAAAUCCCAGAUCUCAAGCUCGCUAUGGAGAAUUAUGUUUUAAUCGACUACGACACCAAAAGGUAAGCCAGGUUCUGCCUGGACUGCGUCUCCACUUGGGACGGGCUCAGCGUGUGUGGACACAGCCUAUAAUUAGAUCUUCCUCGAUGCUGCAGGCUGAUGGGAAAGUUCCUUUUAGAGUUUCCUUUCAGAGCCAGCAUUGAGUUAUUUUGGUAGGAAAUGUUUAUCCAAUAUUGGCAGAGGCUGUCAGAGUGAGGACAUAAUUGGACACUGCACGUUGCAGCAACUGGGAUUGGUGUGUGUGUGAAACUACCCCAAGUUAGGAGUCACUCUUCAUGGCAGGCAGCUGCCAGCGCCGGCGGCCUGGCCUGGGGAGCCUUGGUCCCUGCCCAGCUCUGGUCAAGGUCUCACUUGGCUUUGGCCACGUCUAGCAGUUUCCUACAGCCACAUCCUGGGUCUCCAAGGAGAGUCCUCUGGGUGGGGAAGGGCGAGGCCGUGUCUGGAAUGCCUGCCUGGAAUUUUUUUUGUUUUUCUUUGAGAAACGCUCCUGCCUGUCUCUGUCCUUGGCAGGCUCGAGGUGGCACGCAGGCUCGGGCUUAAGUAGCUGCUUAUGGCAGAGAACGCGGCCCCGAGGCGCCCUCGAGCCCCGCACAGGCCCUGCUGCCAGGCCUGCUCACGUGGGCUCACUUCUGUGUUUGGAGGACUUGUGGUCCUGGCCGGCCUUCCCAGCCUCAGUCAGCCCCUGGUCCCACCCCCUUGCCUCCCCCUCCUCCCCGUUCAGUCAUCAGCACUUGCUGUUGUGACAAGAGGCCACCCGUGCUGGCCCCUGGUCCAGAGCAGCCAGACCCCCGCAGCAUCGGCACAGGUGGCCGCACGGCCUUGGGCGGCCAGCGCAUCCAUGGGUCCUGACCCCUGAUGAGGACGCCUCCUGCCCCUGGGGUGAGGGCGCCUGUGGCCGCUGACCUUGAAUGAUGGUCUCGAGGUCCGUGCAACUCACGUCUCGUGAUGGUUGAGUGCCGUGGGCCUGGCCUAGAGCAGCUGGGGUGCUUAAAGGCGCUUUUGGUGCAAGGUGCUUGCAGGUGGGGGUUUGGUGUUCUUCCCUCCGUGUUCAGCCAGUUGAGGAAAGACUGGAAGGACGUGGGGCUGGGAGAGGGCAGGGGGCCAUCUGACGGUGCCCACCCCAGGGACCCGUGUGACCUCAGGGUCUGUGACAGCAGGGCCGGCGCAGAGAGCCGAGCUCCUCUGUCUGGUGGAUCCCGGCAGGGAUCAGGGUGCCCAGGUUCCCCUGAGCUUCCGUGUUGCUCAUCCUCCCAGAAAAGGUCUCUUCCAGGGUAUAGCCAGAGGCUUUGAAGGAGGUGUAGAAGUCAGAACACAAGGAAGUGAGGUUGUGAACUAGUGCAUUGUUUUCUCCCUGAGGCCCGCGUAGGAAGACAGGAGCUGGAGAUGGACUGGCCAUCGCGUCCACCCUUCCAUUUCGAAGAGUGGGUGCCUGGGGCCAGGGACGGGCGUGUCACUCACAGACACUGCACUCGGGUGGCUGCUGGGCCGUGCUCCCUGAGACCCCGCGGCCCAGUGCUGGGCUGGACCCCUCGCGCCUGUGCACGUGGUUAGCUCCCCUGGAAUGUGGGUUUCCUGCCUUGUUGCGGCGUGUCAGCCUGCUCCCAGCGUGUUGGAACCGCGUAUCCCUCGCUGUGUGUCUGUGUGUGAGUUUCACAGGCUUCAGCCGCGCCUGCUCUUUCCUGCUCGAGAUCUCUGGCUUUUCAGCUGCAGCUGCCAUUCUAGGAAACCGAACUUGCCGUAUGGUUACAGGUCCCAGUUGAAUUCUUUUCCUUCUGUUAGGAAGGAAGGAAGGCGCACUUCAAUUCCCAGAGCCCUUCCAGGGCCGGGGUCGUGGGCCGGGGGGUCUCGAAGAUGCAGGUGGGGAGGGGCUGCGGGGGGUGCUCCCUGCACCCCCGUAUGCGUCCUUGGGUUCCCCGGGGUCCUGGCAUCUCACUGGGGAGCAGCCGUCUUGCUGCCCUGCCUGUAGGGGGCGUUGGACGAGCCCUCGAGUGACAGCCCCUCCCCUGUGCAGCGCAGGCACCAGGCACAGCCCCUCACUGCAGGCGUCGGGCAGGUCAUCCUCCGCGGGGCCAUCCCAGGCAGCCCCCGCCCCAUCUCUCAAUUCCAGUGGUGACAACCACAAAUAGCCCCACAUACCGCUCCGGGGGUACCCCUGGGUUAGGGGGUUCCAUUGAAAAUUCAUUCCCUUGGUGUUUGGGAGAACCUAGUCUUGUUAAAAACUCCCGACAACUCCCUCGUUAAGUAUCUAACACAGGCUGCUUAUAUCUGUGAAAGUGUCAGAAACUUAAACAGGUGUAGUAAACAGAAGUGCUGUCGGCGUGAGGGGGGAGGUGCUGACCCUACUCUCUGCAGAGCCGGGGUGUCGGCCGUUGUCCCCUUCCACCCGACCAGCAGAGUGGGAGCCCUUUCUGCCUGAGCGUGGCCCUCAGCACCCCGGCUGUCCCCCCACCCACUCAAGUUAGGCCAAGGGGUAAACAUGGAGGCCCCCCCACCCCCGGCUAGGACAGGGAAGGGGCGGCCCAGCCGUGGGGCGGUGGGACUUCAUUGCAUCCACGGGUUGGGGGUGAGGCGGCCUUGGUCCCACCCGCCUCUCUCUGCUGUGGUAGCCCUUUCCCUACCCAAGGCCUGCAGGGCACCGCUGCCCGAGGCUUUGACCCGUGAGCCGACCCCUCCGCCCUGGUCUCGAGGCCCCAUGAUGCCACGCUGGUCUCGAGGCCCCAUGAUGCCCUGGGACCUCUGCCCCCUCCCACGAGGCCCGGUGGCUUGUUCCGAGCUCGGCAGUGGCCAGCGGCUAUCACCUGCCUCUUUCAGCUUCGAAAGCAUGCAGAGGCUCUGUGACAAGUACAACCGGGCCAUCGACAGCAUCCACCAGCUGUGGAAGGGCACCACGCAGCCCAUGAAGCUGAACACGCGGCCAUCCACGGGGCUCCUGCGCCACAUCCUGCAGCAGGUCUACAACCACUCGGUGACCGACCCCGAGAAACUCAACAACUAUGAGCCCUUCUCCCCGGAGGUGUACGGGGAGACUUCCUUCGACCUGGUCGCUCAGAUGAUCGACGAGAUCAAGAUGACCGAAGACGACCUGUUUGUGGAUCUGGGUAGCGGAGUGGGCCAGGUUGUGCUGCAGGUCGCUGCGGCUACCAACUGCAAACAUCACUAUGGUGUCGAGAAAGCUGACAUCCCGGCCAAGUACGCGGAGACCAUGGACCGAGAGUUCAGGAAGUGGAUGAAAUGGUAUGGAAAAAAGCAUGCAGAAUACACACUGGAGAGAGGAGAUUUCCUCUCGGAGGAGUGGAGAGAGCGGAUCGCCAACACGAGUGUUAUAUUUGUGAAUAACUUUGCCUUUGGUCCUGAGGUGGAUCACCAGCUGAAGGAGCGGUUCGCAAACAUGAAGGAAGGUGGCAGAAUCGUGUCCUCGAAGCCCUUUGCACCUCUGAACUUCAGAAUAAACAGUAGAAACUUGAGUGACAUCGGCACCAUCAUGCGCGUCGUGGAGCUGUCGCCUCUAAAAGGCUCGGUGUCGUGGACGGGGAAGCCGGUGUCUUACUACCUGCACACCAUCGACCGCACCAUACUUGAAAACUAUUUUUCUAGUCUGAAAAAUCCAAAACUCAGGGAGGAACAAGAGGCAGCUCGGCGCCGGCAGCAGCGGGAGAACAAGAGCAACACGACCACCCCCACCAAGGUGCCCGAGAGCAAGACGGCCAUGCCCGCCGACACCCCCAUGGACUCUGGUGCUGAGGAAGAGAAAGCCGGGGCGACCACUGUCAAGAAGCCAUCUCCCUCCAAGGCCCGGAAGAAGAAGCUGAACAAGAAGGGCCGGAAGAUGGCCGGCCGGAAGCGCGGACGUCCCAAGAAGAUGAGCACCGCCAACCCCGAGCGCAAGCCCAAGAAGACCCAGAGCGCACUGGACCUGCUGCACGCCCAGACUGUGUCGCGGGCGGCGUCACCCUCGCCGCAGGGCGCCCCCUACCAGCUACCUCCCAGCACGCAGCGACGCCCCCCUGAGCAGCUGCUGCUGGCGCCCGCCCCGCCUGCCCUACACCGGCUGCUAGAAUCCUUCAAGAUUCAGUACCUACAGUUCCUGGCGUACACAAAGACCCCUCAGUACAAGGCCAACCUGCAGCAGCUGCUGGACCAGGAGAAGGAGAAGAACGCCCGGUUGCUGGGCGCCGUGCAGCAGCUGUUCGGCCACUGCCAAGCUCAGAAGGAGGAGAUCAAGAGGCUUUUCCAGCAGAAACUGGAUGAGCUGGGAGUGAAGGCGCUGACCUACAACGACCUGAUCCAAGCGCAGAAGGAGAUCUCAGCUCACAACCAGCAGCUGAGGGAGCAGACGGAGCAGCUGGAGAAGGGCAACCGGGAGCUGAGGAGCCAGAGCCUGCGGCUGCUCAAGGCACGGUGCGAGGAGCUGAAGCUGGACUGGUCCACGCUGUCCCUUGAGGGCCUGCUGAAGGAGAAGCAGGCCCUGAAGAGCCAGAUCUCGGAGAAGCAGAGGCACUGCCUGGAGCUGCAGAUCAGCAUUGUGGAGCUGGAGAAGAGCCAGCGGCAGCAGGAGCUCCUGCAGCUAAAGUCCUGCGUGCCGCCCGACGACGCCCUGUCCCUGCACCUGCGCGGGAAGGGUGGCCUGGGCCGAGAGCCGGAGGCCGAGCCCGGCCGGCCACACCUGGAGCUGGACUGUGCCAGGUUCUCCCUGCCCCACUUGAGCAACAUGAGCCCGGAGCUGUCCAUGAACGGCCACGCGGCCGGCUAUGAGCUCUGCGGCGCGCUGAGCCGGCCCUCGCCCAAGCAGAACACCCCCCAGUACCUGGCCUCCCCCCUGGACCAGGAGGUCGUGCCCUGCACCCCGAACCACAGUGGCCGGCCGAGGCUCGAGAAGUUGUCCGGCCUGGCCCUGCCCGACUACACCAGGCUCUCCCCGGCCAAGCUGGUGCUGCGGCGCCACCUGAGCCAGGACCACACAGCCAACAGCAGGGCGACCGCCAGCGAGCUGCACUCACGAGCUGAGCAUGCCAAGGAGAACGGCCUCCCGUACCAGAGCCCCGGCAUCGCCAACGGCAUCAAACUGAGCCCACAGGACCCUCGGCCCUCGUCCCCUGCGGCCUUGCAGAUGACGGGAGAGAAGGGCAGUGAGAAGCGGGAGCAGGCUGGCCCGGUGGUGUGUCUGCAGGGUUUGAAGGAGCGCACCUACGCCAGCAGUGGGGAGGCCAUCACCAGCCUGCCCGUCAGCAUCCCGCUCAGCACCGUGCAGCCUAGCAAGCUGCCAGUCAGCAUCCCUCUGGCCAGCGUGGUGCUGCCCAGCCGCGCCGAGAAGGUGAGAAGCACCCCCAGCCCCGUGCCGCAGGCCCGAGAGUCCUCGUCCACACUGGAGAAGCAGAUGGGUGCUGGCACCCACGGCUCCGGGUGCAACGCUGCUGGGAGCAGAAGCCUCGCCCUGGCCCCCGCAGGCUUUGCCUACGCCGGCUCAGUGGCCAUCAGUGGGGCCCUGGCAGGCAGCCCGGCACCACUCGUCUCUGGAGCCGAGCCCCCCGCCCUGGACGAGUCCUCCAGCUCUGGAAGCCUCUUUGCCACUGUGGGGUCCCGCAGCUCCACCCCUCAGCACCCCCCCCUGCUGGCGCAGCCCCGCAACUGCGGCUCGGCCUCGCCCGCCCCCCAGCUCUGCGCCAGUCCCCGGCUCGGCGCCCAGGGCCCGCUCCCCGACACCAGCAAAGGAGACCUGCCCUCUGAGGCCGGCUUCUCGGAUCCCGAGAGUGAAGCCAAGAGAAGGAUCGUCUUCACCAUCUCGGCCGGCUCUAGCAGCGCCAAGCAGUCACCUUCCAGCAAGCACAGCCCUCUGUCCUCGGGCGCCCGCGGUGACGGCGGCCAGAGCCACGGGCAGGACAGCCGCAAGAGGGGCAGGAGGAAGCGGGCAGCGGCGGGGACCCCCGGCUUCAGCUCGGGCGUGUCCCCCAAGCGCCGGGCCCUGCCAUCCGUCGCCGGCCUCUUCACCCAGUCUUCAGGGUCCCCCCUGAACCUCAACUCCAUGGUCAGCAACAUCAACCAGCCCUUGGAAAUCACGGCCAUCUCGUCCCCCGAGAGCUCCCUGAAGAGCUCGCCUGUCCCUUACCAGGACAACGACCAGCCGCCCGUGCUCAAGAAGGAGAAGCCCCUGAGCCAGACCAACGGGGCCCACUAUUCCCCGCUGACCUCGGAUGAGGAGCAGGGCUCUGAGGACGAGCCCAGCAGUGCCAGAAUUGAGAGAAAAAUUGCAACCAUCUCCUUAGAAAGCAAAUCUCCUCCAAAAACCUUGGAAAAUGGGGGCGGCCUGGCGGGAAGGAAGGUGCCAGCCAGCGAGCCGGUCAACAGCAGCAAGUGGAAGUCCACCUUCUCGCCCAUCUCCGACCUCGGCCUGGCCAAGGCAGCCGACAGCCCGCUGCAGGCCGCCUCCGCUCUGAGCCACAACUCCCUGUUCGCUUUCCGGCCCGGCCUGGAGGAACCUGGCGCGGCUGAUGCCAAGCUGGCUGCCCACCCCAGGAAGAGCUUCCCAGGCGCGCUGCCGGGGGCGGGCGGGCUGAGCCCCAGCAGCCAUCCCGCCAGCAGCUUCGCCCUGGGCGGGGGCCUGGCGGCCGACCUCAGUUUACACAGCUUCAGCGAUGGUGCUUCUCUCUCCCACAAGGCCCCCGAGGCGGCCGGCCUGGGCACCCCCCUGAGCUUUCCCGGCCCGCGGGGCAAGGAGGGCGGCGCCGCAGACCCCGGCCCCUUCGUGAACAAGAGACAGCUGGACGGACUGGCCCCGAAGGGCGAGGGGGGCCCACCUGUGUGCGGGCCCGCGGACAAGGCCUCAGCGACGCACGGCAAGGCGGGCAAGGGCCGUGACCGCGAGCCCGACGUCAAGAACGGCCACAACCUCUUCAUGGCCGCUGCUGCUGCUGCCGCCGCCGCCGCCGCUGCCACCCCCCCCGGGGGCCUCCUCAGCGGCCCGGGCCUUGCCCCGGCGGCGUCCUCGGCAGGGGGCACGGCCCCGUCCGCCCAGACCCACCGCCCCUUCCUGGGCGCCUUCGCCCCCGGCCCGCAGUUCGCACUGGGCCCCAUGUCCCUGCAGGCCAACCUGGGUCCGUCUGUGCUGCAGUCCCUGUUCAGCUCCGUGCCCGCCGCCGGCCUGGUGCACGUCUCAACCGCCGCCACCAGACUGACCAACUCGCACGCCAUGGGCAGCUUCUCCUCCGGGGUGGCCGGCGGUGCAGUCGGAGGUUCCCUUCCAGGGCCCCCUGAGGGGGGAGAGGCUGUGCCCGCGUAUCCCCUUGGGUCCACUUUGCACCCGUCACCUCGUUCCUUUUCGCGAAACGCAGACGUGACUGUCGUGUGGGCAGAGCGCUCAGGCGUAACUAGGAUUUCUACCUCAACCGCGAGACUAUGCAAGGAUGGGGCGGGCUGGCGGCGCGGGGCCCCCCGCAGGACGGCGAGGACGGAUGGAGGCCAGAGGACAGGCUCUACUGUGAAUCAGCGCCGCGCACAGCUGCGGAGACGGCGCGCUGGGGCCUGGCUCCAGCCUGUACUGUCGAUAGUCUUAGAUAAAGUAUUUAUCGUUUUUUAAAAAGUAUAAACAAUUUUGACUUAUUUUAUUUCACCGAAGUCGUGAAGGCAACCUAUCGAGAGAUGUAGAUACUAUAUUAUAUGAGAGAAUAUAUGUAAAGACAUCGCCGAAGGACCGGCCCACCGCGGAGACGCUGGCAGCCGGCCCGGUGCUAUCUCGUCGCCAGGCUCGCGCCUCCACGUGCUCUUGGUGCUGACUCUCGAGGUUGACCACGCCAACGCCAGGUCCUAGCGCCUGGCGUGUUCAUUCCCGCCGCUCUUCCCAUACCAAAGGCGGCGUCUCCGGUGGAGGCCCGCCCCGCCCCGCCAUCACUGUGAACGGCCUCGGCUCAGCCCUCGGGAUGGCGCCUUUGGCAUCGGAACGGCAGUCCUGCGCGGCAAGGCUGCGGUGGCGGAGCCUCGAGGAGGGGACCCGUUCUCAGUGGUGCUUGUGAGGAGGGUCUGGUACCCGACUCUGCUGCCUGCCUGGCUGGCUCACUCGUGUGACAGGUGCAUUUACUUUUGUACGUCUCUGCUCGCCCUGGGCUCACGCCGCAGCCCCCCCCCCCCCGCAGGGUCGGCUCCUGUGGUGGCCGGGGACGCAGGCGGGUUAGUUGUGGGUGCCUGCUUUGUCUACAAGGGAGUCACGCUGACAGGUGACAGUAUUUUAUAGAGAGGUGAUAAAAAUUUAUAAAUUUCAUAGACGGACUUCAUUUAUUUUUAGACUGUAUGACGAAUACACAGUAAACUAAAGAGAAAAGGAGGAAAGGAAAGUGAGGGGAAACCCUCCCGCCUGUUCAAGUGCACAGCGGCACCGGCCCAGGGCCCUCCUGCCCACCCUGCUGGGGUGACACCUGCUCCACCCGAGCGGCCACGGUGGUGCUUGGGAAGGGAUGCGCUUGGGGUGGCCGGGCAGGAGGGCUGCUCCCUGAGGCUCCGACGUGGCCGGUAGGGUUCUCGGUCCCUCGAGCACAGCACCUGUGACUGGUCCUGGGUCCCUGGGUGGGGCAAUGUUGUCUGUGUGCCUCCCGAGAAGCUCUCGGUCCCCCGAAAGGGCCAAAGGUGGGUGCCCCAGCGAGGGCUGAGUGUGGGCAGUCGGAGCCCCAUCCUCAGGUGUUUGCCACCCAGGCGGCACCCGUCAAGGAGCGCGGGAGGGUGGGCCUCUGUGGUGGCCUAACGUGAGCCUUCCCCGGCCUGGCCGACUCCACAUACCCUUCAGAGGUGGACGCCACGGGUCCUCUGCCUGCCCUUGAGUGGGGUCGGUGUGGUGGCCGAGGCCUGGCCCCGCUUCCUGACCCCCGGGACGCAGGCCACAAGGGUCAGAGCGGGCCAGUGCGCUGCCUGCAGCCACCUCUACACUGUGUGGGGCAGCAAUCAGGCUAGAGACGGAGCCUUCCUCCUGUGACCGCCCGCCCUGCCCCCCUUCCCCCCAGGUCGGUGCUCCCAGUGCACGACGGUGCUGUCCUGACCCCCGGCCCCCGGCCUCUUCAAGAGGCUCCCCUUCCCGUGUCAGGAACACAGGGCUCCCGAGAAAGCUACGGCGCUGCCAGCGGAGCCCCCAUCUGAACAAAGGACACUGUACACAAACACUGCGUCACUUCGGGAGGACCACCGCGCCGCGUCUGUCCUCUGCAUGCACGCGCAGGCACCAGGGGACGGACGACCCGCGCAGGGCCUGCCCCACAGCGGGGCCCAGCUCGGCCUCUCCACACCCACCCUCCGGUCCCAGCCUGAGCGCCGCUGCUGACGCCAGCCACGGGAGUAGGGCGCCGGCUGGCGUGCGUGGGGAGCGGCCCUGCGGAAGCCCCACCGCUGCUGCCGACGCGGGUGCUCCAGGUCUGACGGCUGCUGUCGCUUUGCUCAGGAAAACCUAACUAGGACAGCCUCCAGUCAGGGGAUGCGUUCUCUGUUCAGCUAUGAAUCGUGACCUAUUUAAGAACCACCCCCCCCCCCACUGCCCUUAUUUAUCCUGCCAGCCGGCCCGUCUACAGUUAGGACUGUUUGUUCUCAUUUACACAUCCAUCCACGCUGGCUCGCGCAUCCCUGCCUUGGUUUGUAACGGAGACGGGCUUUGCUUUCUUGUUCUGGUAGCUUAUGUUUCAGUUGGGGCGCUGGCUCCACCCCCUCUUCCCAAGGGAACCCCACUGCACUGCGUUUCCACCUGUAGACGCUGUAAUAAAAUACCUGUUUUCACUUGAA